AUGGCGACUGCUAUCUUUACCCGAUCUUUCAAGCCCUCGGCUGGCCUCAAAGCCUUCAAGCCUACCUACCACGUCAGGUACAACGCCACCGUCCACAGCGGUACACCGCGAGUGCCAGCGACACCUCCAACUUCUCGCACCACGAAGCCUUCUUUCGAGCGCGCGACCUUCACGAUCCGCGAUGGUCCGAUCUUCCACGGAAAGAGUUUUGGUGCCAGGACAAACAUCAGUGGUGAAGCCGUCUUCACCACCUCUCUCGUGGGCUACCCAGAGUCCAUGACCGAUCCUUCGUACCGUGGUCAGAUUCUGGUCUUCACCCAGCCUCUCAUUGGCAACUACGGCGUCCCAUCGUCCACCCGCGACGAGUUUGGUUUGCUGAAGUACUUCGAGAGCCCAAACAUCCAGGCUGCUGGAAUCGUCGUCGCCGAUGUUGCCCUGAGAUACUCCCACUGGACUGCCGUCGAGAGUCUUGCCGAGUGGUGUGCUCGUGAGGGUGUCGCAGCCAUUUCUGGUGUCGACACUCGUGCUAUCGUCACUCACUUGCGUGAGCAGGGUUCAUCCCUUGGCAAGAUCACCAUUGGCGAGGAGUACGACGCAGACGAGGACGAGGCAUACGAUGAUCCGGCUGCCAUUAACUUGGUCAAGAAGGUCUCGACCAAGGCUCCAUUCCACGUCCCAUCGCCGAACGGAUCUGCUCACAUCGCAUUGCUCGACUGCGGUGUCAAGGAGAACAUUAUCCGUUCCAUCGUUAGCCGCGGUGCCAGUGUGACUUGCUUGCCGUACGACUAUCCAAUUCACAAGACUGCUCACCAUUUCGAUGGUGUUUUCAUCUCCAAUGGUCCGGGUGACCCAACUCACUGCAAGGCCACUAGCGACAACCUCCGCAAGCUCAUGGCCGGAAGCAACAUCCCAAUCAUGGGAAUUUGUCUCGGCCACCAGCUUCUCGCAAUUGCUGCUGGAGCCGGCACGACCAAGAUGAAGUACGGCAACCGUGCCCACAAUAUCCCAGCUCUCGACCUCAGCACGGGCAAGUGCCACAUCACCAGCCAGAACCACGGAUAUGCUGUUGACCCUGCUACCUUGCCCUCGGACUUCAAGGAGUACUUCACCAACUUGAACGAUGGCUCCAACGAGGGCAUGAUCCACAAGACCCGCCCCAUCUUCAGUACUCAGUUCCACCCUGAAGCCAAGGGAGGCCCAUUGGACAGCAGCUACCUAUUCGAUGCUUAUCUGAAGGAGGUCCACCAGCACAAGGCGCAGAACGAUGUCCUGAAGGGCGGCAAGGACAACCGACCCAGCCCACUGCUGGUUGACCUGCUCGCCAAGGAGCGCGUUGGCGUGGCACCUGACCAGAUUCAGGCGACCUACAGCUGA